AUGCGAGCUUUUCAUUCUUCUCUUCCUCCUACAGCACAAAUUGAAGUUAUCCCUUGUAAGAUAUGUGGGGACAAGUCUUCAGGGAUUCACUAUGGAGUCAUCACCUGUGAAGGAUGCAAAGGUUUUUUCCGCAGAAGCCAACAGAAUAACGCCACUUACUCUUGCUCGCGGCAGAGGAACUGCCUGAUCGACAGGACCAACCGAAAUCGGUGUCAGCACUGCCGACUGCAGAAGUGCCUGGCCCUGGGCAUGUCCCGUGACGCAGUAAAAUUCGGCCGCAUGUCGAAGAAGCAGCGGGACAGCCUCUAUGCCGAGGUCCAGAAACACCAACAAAGCCAAGAACAAAGCGUGGGAACCAAGGACGACCCAGAGACCAUGUCGAGGGUCUACACCACCAGCGUGAGCAGCGGACUCUCUGACCUGGAUGACAUCUCCAUGUUGUCGGACAGCUUCCUCUUUGAUUUUCCCCUGAGCCCUGACGGGAACAGCAGCUACUACAACCUGGAUCUCCUAACCUCAGCGCAGCCAUCGCCCGACCAGUCCAGUAUCGACGUCAGUGACACCAAGUUCAUUAAGCAGGAGUCCAUCUACGAGCUCAUGCUGGAACCUAGCCUCUUUCCUCAUGGUCCCCUUGAAAGCAACGCGCUGACUUCAGACAUCUCAGCGAUGGAAAUGGAGCGCCUAGCCCAGAAUGUGGUGAAGUCGCACCUUGAGACAUCGCAGUACACCAGCGAGGAGCUGCAGCAGUUCGCUUGGGCACUCUACUCUCAGGAGGAGAUAAGGACCAUGCAGAACACAAACUGCGAGGUGAUGUGGCAAGAGUGUGCCGUCCAGAUCUCCAAUGCCAUCCAGUACAUCGUGGAGUUCGCCAAGCGCAUUGAUGGCUUCAUGGAGCUGUGCCAGAAUGACCAAAUCAUUCUUCUCAAAGCAGGUUGUCUAGAGAUUCUCCUCAUCCGGAUGACGCGGGCCUUCAACCCAUUGAACAACACCGUACUUUUUGCAGGAAAAUAUGGCGGGAUGCCGAUGUUUAAGUCACUUGGUUGUGAUGACUUGAUCAACUCCAUCUUUGAGCUGGGGAAGAAUCUUUGCCGACUGCAGCUGUCUGAUGAAGAGGUAGCACUCUUCACUGCACUUGUCCUGUUCACACCAGAUCGGCCUUGGCUCUCUGAGUCCAAAAAGGUACAAAAACUCCAGGAUAAACUCUACAUGGCUCUCCAGCAUGAGAUUCAAAAGAAAAAUGCCAAUGAAGACAGACUUUCCAAGAUGGUUGCCAAGCUCCCCUUGAUGAAGACAAUCUGCAGCCUCCACUUAGAUAAGCUGGAGCUUUUUCGCCUUGUCCAUCCGGAGACGGCCAAAAAUUUCCCUCCUCUCUACAAAGAAGUGUUCAAUUCGGAGCUCCAUUACAGCAACUCUCAGGAGAGCUAAAGCAGAAUUUGCAAAGCAAAACUUUUUGUGGCUUCUGGAAUGGAGAAAGCAGAAUUGACCCCUGUGGCUUAUUUUAAAUCAAGGAUCAACCACAAGAUUGUGUGUCUCUGGCUUUCCUCCUCCUCCUCCUCAACCUCUUGCAGUUGAUCUGCGGUGAUCUGCAGUCACUGUUGAAUGUAAUUGCACCUUUUUAAGGAUCCAGCGGACUUUGGGCAUACUGGUGAAAUGAAUGUGAAAUGCUAUUCGGUAGAGAAGAUCCUGCAUUAAGUAGUGUUAAGUAUUCCUAUCCUUUCCUCAAAAGCAUGUUUUUGCAGAACACAUUUCUCUGCCCUAGCAUGUGAAUACAUCCACCCAAAACUCAUGAGACUUACAGCCAACUGAUGCCCAACCCAAAAAUGCCUCUUUAGGCCUACCCGUGUGGAUAAAUAUGUAUAUUUUUGCUGGUUUCUGCUUUUUUCCUGGCAUGGUUCGAAUGAUAGGGACGCUGGACGUAAAGAAGGAAAACCAGUUCUUGUGGACUUGUUCAACGUGAGGAUGGAAAUAUGUGGGAAGAGAAACACAAACACACGCAUACACAGGGAUUACAAUCCUGCC